UCGUCACCUUCCCCUUGGCUCCCACUCCCACCAUUCCGAAGCUUCCACGCCUCGCCUCUCCACGCUCCCGACCAGAUCCGCGCGGUGCGAGGAGGGUUGACUUCCUCCAGGCCCGCGCGCUCUGGUCGAGCAGGAGGGGAGGUGGGUAGCGGGGAGAGGUAGCUUCGGCAGAGAGGGAGGGAGACGCUAGCUGCGAUGGCGGUGGAGAAGACGGUGCCGGGGGCGGGGGCGGGGGCGGCGGGGAGGACGGUGCUGGUGACGGGCGGUGCGGGGUACAUCGGCAGCCACGCCGUGCUGCAGCUCCUGCUUGCGGGCUUCCGCGCCGUCGUCGUCGACAACCUCAACAACUCAUCCGAGCUCGCCGUCCGCCGCGUCGCCACGCUCGCCGGAGACCACUCCCGCAACCUCUCCUUCCACAAGGUUGAUCUCCGUGACAAGGGAGCACUGGAAAUGGUUUUUGCUUCAACAAGAUUUGAUGCUGUUGUCCACUUUGCUGGACUUAAAGCUGUGGGUGAAAGUGUGCAGAAGCCAUUGCUUUAUUAUGACAACAACGUCGUUGGCACGAUAAAUCUUCUAGAAGUGAUGUCUGCUCAUGGUUGCAAGAAGUUGGUGUUCUCAUCAUCAGCUGCCGUUUAUGGAUCACCCAAGAACUCACCCUGCACAGAAGAGUUUCCUCUGACUCCAAACAAUCCAUAUGGCAAAACCAAGCUUGUUGUUGAGGAUAUUUGCCGUGAUAUCUACUGUGCGGAUCCUGAAUGGAAGAUCAUAUUACUUAGGUACUUCAAUCCGGUUGGUGCUCAUCCCAGUGGAUACCUUGGUGAAGAUCCAUGUGGAAUUCCCAACAAUCUUAUGCCCUAUGUUCAGCAAGUUGCUGUUGGUAGGAGGCCAGCUCUGACAGUUUUAGGAAAUGACUAUGCAACAAGAGAUGGGACUGGGAUCCGAGAUUACAUCCAUGUGGUUGACCUUGCUGAUGGACAUAUUGCUGCAUUGCAGAAGCUUUUUGAGAACUCUAGCAUAGGGUGCGAAGCAUACAACCUCGGAACUGGAAGAGGUACAUCAGUGUUGGAAAUCGUUACAGCAUUCGAGAAGGCUUCUGGGAAGAAAAUUCCGCUGAUUAUCGGCCCAAGACGCCCUGGUGAUGCAGAGAUUCUGUUCUCAUCAACUGCUAAAGCAGAGAGGGAGCUUAACUGGAAAGCAAAAUAUGGCAUCGAAGAAAUGUGUCGUGACCAGUGGAACUGGGCUAGCAAGAACCCUUAUGGGUAUGGAUCACCUGACUCCACCAAGCAGAACGGCCACCACACAAAUGGAUCAGUUGACUCUUUCAAGCAGAACGGCCACUGUGCGUAUGGAUCAGCUAACUCCACCAAACAGAACGGUCACCAUGGGUAUGGAUCAUCUGACUCCAAGCAGAAUGGCAACAGCCACCUGCACUAAGCAGAAUGUUUGACCUGUGGGCUCCCUGUAUAUGUGUUGUAUCACGAAGCCACCACCGGCCGAGAUUUAUGUGGAUCAAUGGGUUGGCAGGUCAUAGAGUAUAGACAUCGAUUGAGCUUGCAAGAUUUUAUCAUUGGCAGAAGAUUUCCACUUGUGGUCAAACCUAUCUCCUACAUUGUGUUUAUCUUUUUCUUCAAAUUUGCUGUAGGAACUUAGCCGUAGUCUAUCAGCUGAUUUGAUUCUUUCACUGCUAAUUGAGCUGCAAUGUGCUUCAUGAAGCUUUGGUCUGUUCCCAUAUACAGAAGAAUGCAGCGAUGUAGAUUUAUUUAUUUGUAUAUGUAAUAUCUAGCCUCAGCAGAUAUUUGUAUAUUCACUACCACACAACUAGCAUCAGCAGAUGAAAGUUGGGCUUGUGCCUUUUUUGGGACAAGGACGUUCUGUGUUCUCUAAUCAGCAAUCAAGAAUAUUGAGAGGCAGAUGUUCAAA